CGGGUUAUCUUUGUGGAGGAUACAAACAAAUUGCUUGCAGACAAGUCAAUAGCAAGGAAGUGUAGCCACUGUAGACAAGUGGGUCACAACUCGAGAACUUGUCAAGACGCGUUUGUAACAACCGUGUUUUGGACAACGAGUAUAGACAGUCAGAGUACAAGAGAUCGAAGCAGUUUUGGUAAUGUUGUUUGCCAAAGAUGUAACAAUGCAGGAGUCAUCAACUGUGUUUUUUGUGAACAGAACGUGGACAGUAUUGUUUCACGUAACGAGUCCAAAAACUUGGAGAUAAUUGAGACUGAAAAAUCCUCAAGAUUGGACUCUUUCAAGGAAAAACAACUGAAAACUAGUGCUUAUUUGGCGAACAUCGGAAGAUUAUCCAGAAUGACUUACAAGUUGGAUGGCAAAACAAAAGUCGAAGUUUGUGUAAAGUGUAGUGGAACGACAUUGAUGGUUUGUCCUCGUUGUCGUGGGGAACCAAUGAGCGCAUAGCAGAAAUGUUUUCUACACAACAACAGGACGAAGAAGAACAGAGUUUGCAACAAGAAGAAGUUGCUCAAAACAUCUAUGGUUUAGGGUCGUUUGAGAGUACAGAUAGUUCGUCUUUUGAACGAGAACCCAAUAAAAAGCCUUCCACGCUAUUGGGCAAGUUUGCAAGAAGUGUUCAAGACUCGUGGAAACAGUUUUCUCAAGGUUUUGUGGAAGUUUCGCAUAAAACAGCGCUCAAGUAUCCAAGUCUAUUAUUUUUUGGAGACUCUUUAACUGAGUACUCACAACACGUCUCUUCUUCAGAAGGGAUAGGUUGGGGAGCUUUGUUGACCAACGAGUAUUCAACCAAAGCAGAAGUGAUCAUACGUGGUUUUGCUGGUUAUAAUACUCGCUGGGCACUUUAUAUGCUUCCAAAGGUCUUGCAAGCUAUAGAUCUUUCUUGUUUGAAACUGGUGGUUAUUUUUCUAGGAGCAAACGAUUGUGUGUUGCCUGAUAGCCCUCAACACGUUAGUAUUGAAGAAUAUGCAAGCAACCUAUUUAAAAUGAUCAAAGUCGUUCGGAACAAACAAUCACAAGUUGCACGAGCAGAGUUACUUUUAGUGACACCACCCCCUUUCGUUGAAGAAUUAUGGGAAGAAGACUGCAGACAAAAGAAUAAACCAGUGCUUCGGAAGGCUUCGAGAGUCAAAGACUAUGCAGAAGCUUGUAAACGUGUGGCUGUAGAAGCUCAAGUGCCUUGUUUAGAUCUUUGGACAAGUAUUCAGCAACAAAUUCAGUGGCAAACUUUCUUUACCGACGGUCUCCAUUUCUCUGAAAAGGGAAACGAAUACGUAUUUGAACAGCUAAAAACGGUCAUUUCAGACAACUUUCCGAAUCUAACUGCUGAAAGAAUGACUGCAGUGUUUCCACAUUGGUCAGAAAUCGAUCCUCUAAACUUUAGCAGCACAUUUGACAAAUUCUUCACCACAUCAUAGUAUUUUAUCCUCACAACUUGCUGAAAAAGGAAAUUAUUCAAGAGUCUGAGUCAAUCUAAUCCAACGUUCUAGUAGCUCCAAGGAAGAUCCACUGAACAGAAACUAGGUAAAUGAU